UUUGUGGUGGAGGUCCAGCCCGUCAUGCCCUUAUUCAACUGGAGGCCCCUGGUUCUGAAAACCAGCAACAAGUUCUCCGUCCGUGCCAGGCUCCUGGUCAAGCUGCAGGAUCGAAGCCACCAGCUGGAGGUGGAAAUCAGCAUUGACAAGGAUCCCCCCAGCCUGAAAGGGUUCCGGAAGUUCAACAUCCUGACUUCCACCAGCAAGUUGCUCCAGGACAACGCCCAGUUGGACGGGCUGGUGUGCGACUUCCGUCACAUAGUAUGGCCAGGGCCUGGACGCCUGGGUCCUCCGCUCAGGGAGGAGAUGGGGGGGCCGGGAGCCCCCCCCAACAGCACACUGACCUGGGCCAAGUUCUCCAAGGACGACCCCCCCAGCUUCUCCUUCUGGACCUGGCUGGAGGGAAUCCUGAACCUCAUCCGGGACCAUCUGGCUCCGCUCUGGAAGGACGGGCACAUCAUGGGCUUCGUGAGCCGCAAGCGGGAGCGGCAGCUGCUGAAGAGGAAGCAGAUGGGAACUUUCCUGCUGCGCUUCAGCGAGAGCACCCGGGACGGCGGCAUCACCUGCAGCUGGGUGGAGCUCGGGGAGAAAGGUCAGCCCAAGGUCCGUUCCGUGGAGCCCUACACCAAGGUGGAGCUGGCGUCUCUGCAGCUGCCCGACAUCAUCCACGACUACCAGCUGCUGGCUGCGGAGAACAUCCCCGAGAACCCCCUCAAGUUCCUGUACCCUGGCACGCCCCGGGACCAGGCCUUCGGGAAGUACUACACCGAGAGGAGGGAAGGUACCGGCCGCUGCCCUCCUGCCUCGGAGCUGCAGGAGCAGAAGAAAUACCUGAACCGGCGGCUGAUCAGAGUGUCCUCCAGGCAGCCCAGUGAAUCCUGGAUCCCAGAGGGCGUGGGGCUAGAGGCUCCCGCAGCAGAGCAGCCAGGGGCCAAUCAUCUGGAGGCCCUGGAUGUACCGGAGCCCGGGGCCAAUUACUUGGCGGCACCAGGGCUAGAGCCCGGGGCCAAUCACCAGGAGAUGCCGAAGCCUGGGGCCAAUCGUCUGGAAAUGCUGGAGCUAGAGGCCAGUCACCUGGGGAUGCUGGAGCCUGGGGCCAAUCCUCUGGAAAUGCUGGAGCUAGAGGCCAGUCACAUGGGGAUGCCGGAGCCUGGGCCCAAUCGUCUGGAAAUGCUGGAGCUAGAGGCCAGUCACCUGGGGAUGCCGGAGCCUGGGGCCAAUCAUCUGGAAAUGCUGGAGCUAGGCACCAAUCACCUGGAGAUGCUGGAAGCGCUGAACAUGAUGAGGUUCGAUUCAUCUGACCCCUUCCUGCCUCCGCCAGAUGAUGCACCCCCGCCAGAGCUGCCUGGCCCCCCCUUGUUCCUGGCGGCUGACGACAUGCCUCCGCUCCAGGUUGACUCCACGGACUUCCAGUGA